AUGAAGGACGCAACACUCAUCGUCGGCUUUGUUGCCGCCCUGGUUGCUGUUUUCAUUAUAGACAAGAUCAUUCAAGCGAGAAAGAAUGCCCGACGCUUGCCUUUGCCGCCCGGCCCCCGAGGCUAUCCCAUCAUCCAAAAUAUGUUCGACCUUCCCAAAAAAGACACAUUUGCCGCCCCUCAAUAUGCAAAAUUCAAGGAUAAAUAUGGUCCCAUUACCGCUCUUAGGGUCAUUGGAAAGCCGUUCAUCGUGAUCAAUGAUCCUCAGGUCGCCCUAGAUAUCUUGGAGAAGAAGUCCGCCGAGUUCUCAUCAAGACCUAGCUUGACAUUUAUUGGUGAAUUGGUUGGUUGGGACAAAGCGACGGGCGGCAUACCUUACAACGACAUCUUCCGCCUCCACCGCAAAGUCUUUGCUCGCAUCAUCGGAACUAAAACAACAGCGGCGCAAUUUGAUGACCUUCAGGAAGCCGAGGUCGGUCACUUCCUGCUGCACGUUCUUGACAACCCGGGAAAUCUGAAAGAACAUAUCCACAAGGAGGCUGGCACUGUGGCGCUGAAAAUUGCCUAUGGCUAUAAUGCCGACCAGUUCAAGAAGGAUCCCUUCCUCAGCAAGAUGAAUAAGGUGAUGGACGACUUCGCACGAUCAGCCGUUAUUGGACGUUACUUAGUUGACUUCUUCCCGAUAUUGAAAUACCUCCCUGACUGGUUCCCGGGUACUGAAUGGAAACGGCAGGCCAAGGAAUAUCGGGCCGAUUUCCACGAUGCCGUUGAGAGACCUUACAAGUUCGUUGAAGCUCAAAUGGCUGAGGGCAGAGAAAAUCUUUCGUAUCUCGCCAAGGCGAUGGCUACCAGCGAGGACACCCCAGAAGAUGUACACAACAACAUGUGGACCGCGGGAUCGAUUUUCAGUGGCGCCGCCGACACAUCCGUGGCAUCGGUUAAUGCAUUUUUUCUCGCCAUGGCCAAGUUUCCUGAGGCACAAAGGAGGGCCCAGGAAGAAAUUGACCGAGUGAUUGGCAGUGACCGUCUGCCCACCGUCAGCGAUCGUGACAACUUACCAUACCUUGAAGCACUCAUCAAGGAAGUACUACGGUGGCAUACAAUUGCCCCGAUGGGUCUCCUCCACAUGAGUUCUGAGGAGGCUACGUACUCUGGAUACCGAAUUCCUAAGGGCUCCCUCGUACUCUGCAACAUUUGGUGGUUCAUGCACAACCCAGAACUCUACAAGAACCCCUCCGAGUUUCGACCCCAAAGGUUCCUGGGAGCCGAACCAGAGACUGAUCCGCGUAGAUACGUGUUUGGGUUCGGUCGCCGAAUCUGCCCUGGCAAGAUUCUUGCCGAUAACUCGCUCUACCUCAACUUUGCCCAGUCGCUAGCCGUGUUCGAUAUUGGCAAACCGGUUGCCAACGGUAAAGAGUACGAACCAGAGUUUAAGCCGUUACCAGGGGCGAUUAGCCACGUAGCCCCUUACGAAGCGACGAUUAAGCCUAGAUCGCCCCGACAUGAACAAUUGAUCCGGUCCAUCGAGCAGACGUUUCCUUGGCAGGAGUCGGACGCGAAGGGAUUGGAGGCAGUGUAG